UUUACCUGCGAUCAUGCACGGAAGUGCAUUGGAUUUAGUUAGGGUCGGUGGCCGCUAUUUCUUCGCCGGAACGAAAUAAAGGAUAUUACUUUUAUGUGCUUUGACUUCAGGAGCAAGCCAUUUUUUAGAGUUGUGUUAUUUGUGGACCUAAUGAUUUCAAGUUUUCGUAAAUUGUGCUUGUGACUUCCUGCCAAAUUUGAAAGUGGAGAUUGUACUGUGUGUUUAUGAUCUUUGGUAUAACUGUCAUUUUGAUCUGCAGCAGUUCAUAGUAGCUGAGGCACAUUGAAACCGGUGAAGUGGUGAUGUGAAUGUAGUUUUAAAAUAAGCGUAGUGGCAUAUACUCUGUGAAAAUGGAAGACGAACUAUAUGGAAUUAGUGCUGGCACUGCUGUUGACAUUCAGCGAACUGAUGGGCGUGUACACGCCGCUGUAGUUUCCGGGGUAAAUCUCCAAACUCGUAGUGUGACGGUGGAAUGGAUAGAGAGAGGAGAGACGAAGGGUAAAGAGAUUGAGAUUGAUGCUAUCCUCUCCCUCAACCCUGGACUUACAAACAAGGGCAGAGAUGACACUACCUUCAUCCCUCACAAACUGCAACGAGACGAGUCUGACGAGGAAGAGGACGGCAGCCUGCUGGAGGAGAUGGACGACGACUUCGCCAACCUGAACGUGUGCGCGCCCGGCGUGGUGGCGGCCCAGCAGCAGCGGCGCGCCGCAGCCGCCGGCGCCAAGCCCUCGUCGGCCACGCUGCCCCUCCGGGUCCCGUCCUCCCGGCCGAGUGCUACAAGGGCUUCAGUAGGUGGUCAAGCUCAUAGAGAACGAGCAUUACGCAACAAACAAGGUGGAAGGCUCACAAAUGUUCCAACAGUAAAUGGACAUGGGGAUACACACAUCCAAAGAGGAUUAGAAAAUAUUGCUCCAAACCCAGCUAAUUUAACUGCACGGCAACACACGAUGCAGCACCAACAAUUAGCAGCAUUGCAGCAACAAAAGCAACAACAGCAGCAGUUAAUCCAACACCAGUUACUAGUCCAACAGCAGCAGCAGCAACAACAACAACAACAACAACAGCUACUGCAACAACAACAACAACAACAACAACAGCAACAACAACAGCAGCAGCAGCAGCAGCCUGCAACAGUUGGAAAUACAGGAGCUGGUAAAUUUCGCCGUAGUAAUGUUGUGAAAGAAGUUGAAAAAUUAAAAAAGAACAGAGAUGAAAGGAGGCAGCGUCAAGCUGAACUUAAAGAAGAGAAAGAACUACUUAUGAAUAUGGACCCAGGGAAUCCAAACUGGGAGUUCCUCGCAAUGAUAAGGGAAUACCGGAGUAGCAUUGAAUUUAGACCUCUGCGAGAAACCGAUCCUGUUGAAGACCACCAGAUAACAGUGUGUAUUCGGAAAAGACCUCUAAAUAAGAAAGAAAUGAACAGAAAAGAAGUUGAUGUUAUCACUGUCCCUACAAAGGAUCAGAUGGUAGUCCAUGAACCUAAAACUAAAGUUGACCUCACAAAAUACUUGGAAAAUCAGAUAUUCAGGUUUGACUACGCAUUUGAUGAAACCUGUUCCAACGAACUUGUUUACAAGUACACUGCGAAACCUUUGGUGCAAACAAUUUUUGAAGGAGGGAUGGCAACUUGCUUUGCUUAUGGCCAAACAGGUAGUGGAAAGACACAUACAAUGGGUGGAGAUUUCCAUGGAAAAACCCAAGACUGCACAACAGGGAUAUAUGCAAUGGCAGCAAAAGAUGUUUUUAAUUUUCUGAGGUCCUCAAAAUACAAGCCUUUGAACUUAAUGGUGUCUGCCAGCUUUUUUGAGAUAUAUAGUGGCAAAGUAUUUGACCUCUUAGCCAAUAAAUCAAAGUUGAGGGUUUUAGAAGAUGGAAAGCAGCAAGUACAAAUAGUUGGUCUGACCGAAACAGUAGUUGACUCUGUGGAAGAAGUUCUCAAGUUAAUACAGCAUGGAAAUAAUGCAAGGACAUCUGGACAGACAUCAGCAAAUACGAAUUCUUCGCGAUCGCAUGCUGUUUUCCAAAUUGUCUUGAGGGUAACAGGAAUAAAUAAAGUUCAUGGGAAAUUCUCCCUCAUAGAUUUGGCUGGCAAUGAAAGAGGAGCAGAUACUUCAUCAGCUAAUAGACAGACAAGGAUGGAAGGUGCAGAAAUUAAUAAAUCCUUAUUAGCAUUGAAGGAAUGUAUAAGAGCCUUAGGAAAGAAAGGGGCUCAUCUUCCAUUUAGAGCCAGCAAAUUAACACAGGUUUUGAGGGAUUCAUUUAUAGGAGAAAAGUCCAGAACAUGCAUGAUAGCAAUGAUAAGUCCUGGCAUGAGUUCCUGUGAACAUUCCCUGAACACUUUACGUUAUGCUGACAGAGUAAAGGAACUAAAUGCAACUGAUCUCACUGAAACAAAAGUGUCACCAAGUGAAGAAGAAACUAUGAGAGUCGAUGACAACUUAGAAGAUAGUGACCUUGCGCAGCUGCGAUCAUUAAAUGCUGAAGAAAUCUCUGCAGACUUAUACACAUUCCACGAAGCUGUUUCGCAUCUUCAGAUGUUAGAAGAAGAAGUUAUUGAUACACACAAACAUUUGUUAGAAUGUAACCCACACUGGCAUCAUUUGGCUGAGAAGCUUUUUGCACUUACAAAUGAAGUGGAUUAUGACCAAGAUGCUUAUUCAAAGCAACUUGAUCAGCUCCUAACACAGGAAAUUGAAGCACUGAUCAAGUGCAAAGAAAAAGUAGCAGCGUUCAGAGCACAGUUAGAAGCCGAAGAACUGAUAAGCCAGAAAAUAAAGCGCCCUGUUCGACAUAAUUAAUUUUGUAAAUCAUUUUGAAGGGUAUUCCGUAUGGCCCAGGAAUGAACUAAAAUUUUUAAUUUAAUUUUAUACAUAUGUACACCCCUUAAUUUUUGUGUAUUUUGAAGGAUCAUCAAACAAUCUGUAUUAUGUAACCCAUUCAUCCUUUAAACAUAGGACGCUUAAUAAUGAUAAUUUUAAAGCUCCAUGUUACAUUUCAUUAUCCUAGUUAGUUUGAAAAAUAACAGUUUUAAUACUCGGAAGCAAUACAUUGUUUCAUUGUUUGGCAUAAAAUGAGCAUGACAUGAUAUGUCCAUUCACUGAACAACAUAUUUUUUACCAUUGAUUGUAAUUUUUUUCUUAUAUAUAUGUAUGUAAAUUUCAAAGUUUCUUCCUUCUGUUCUCCUCUCUGUAUACCCUAUUCCUUGUCAUUCUUCCACAGAAUAUAUAUACAUGCAUAUUUUUUUGUUCUUUGUACAGAAUGAGUUUUUAUAGAAAAUACAGAAAUUCUUUUCUCAUAUUGCAGUAAUUGUAAUUGGCUCUGGAACUAAAGUAUAUGUAUAGUAUUUAAUGAGUCCUUUCCCACACCUACUGAAAUCAAAAUUUCUUAAGUUGCACCAGGAUCAUUGUGUGAGUGGUAGUUUGGGGGAGGGGAGGAGGGGAGAAGAGGAUUUCUCAGAAAGAGCUACGGAUCUCUUGUAGGAACCAAUAUUUGAAAACUUUUACUGUCUGUAUUAAUCAUCUACCAAAGUUAAUCAACAAUAAUAAGAAUAUUGUUUAUCUGUUAUGAUACUUGUUUCUAUAAGAGUGGAGAGUUCUCCCACAAAAAAAUCUGUUCUCAUUACUUCAUGAUUUUGAAAAAAAUUGCAGCAAUUUGAAUUUUUCUGUAUUUCUAAAUCAUAACAACAUAAACUGUCUGAUCUUUGUUAUUACUCCUUCCACUGAUUUUUUUUUUCUUCCCUCCAUUGCCAUUGAUACCACUCGGUGCACUGCAGGAGCUUCUGUCUCUCUUAUUGCACUUCACUAAAAAUACUAUUAUAGUAAUGUAGCUUAAAUUCUCUUGUGUAAUAUUAACUGGAUCAUGAACAGUGCUGAGAAUGGUCAGCACAGAGUUGUUGAACUUUGUCUGUAAUAGGAAUCUAUUGCAUGAGAGAGCUAAUCAUAUUUAUGUUGUGAAUCCCACUUCUGACCAAUCUUUGGGGGGGGGGGGGGGGGGGGGGUAGUAGAGAAAUUGUCUUCUUUCAAAGUAAAAAUUUCUUUAAAUUUCUGCUCAUAAUUCCCUGCACCUGGUAAAUUGUCACAGUCUGCAAAAAUGAGCUAUCAGGGCUAAUUUAUCGUGCAGAGAAAUUUGGUUGGUGAAUUUGUGGGUAUUUUAUUUUCCUUUUUUGUUUGAAAAUGUAAAUAAAUAGUUUCAUUUACUCUUCUUUUUGUAAGUAACUUUAAAGUCUUCCAAUUAGAACUCUUCAAACCAACAAACCCUCCAUUACUAGCUGGAAAACACUGUUAGAAGUUCAGUUGUUCAAUUUAUUAAAACUGCCAGCAAUAGCACCAAAGCAUAAAAAGAAUGUGCUGGAGAUGAGACACCCGUUUGUAUCCACUGAACCUGGAGAAACAAAAUUCUCCAUUAACAAUCAUACCAAUAAGUGUUGCUUUUAAUUGUCAUAGUUACAUCUAACCCCCCCCCCCCCCCCCCCCCCCCCGUGCCCCCCUCUUCUUUUUGUGAUCUUGUGUUAAGCAUUAUUUAAAAAUUUUCUUCCUCCACUUCUAUCUAUAUAUGUCCAAAUUAAUAAUCUUCACCAUUUACAUUGUUCUGCUUCAGGAUAUAAAUAUUUUGUUCUGGUUUCCAUACCUAGCAUCUCAUACCAUCGUAAAUUACCAGACAUCUAGUCUGACAAUUUAUUCAGUGACACGAGAUUUUACAAAAGGCUGAGGCUCUUGGUGAGAAUAUGAUCUUCGAGCCUUCAAUUUUGAAAUAAUGUUUUUUUAUUUGAACAGAUGUAAGUUUUUAUAGAUUAAAAAGUGGCUUUAAGUAUCUGUGUGCUAUUAACCUGAGAGAACUGUUCACACUGCUGUGAAACAGUGGAUUGUGUUUUAGCAAGCAGUUGCUUAUUUCUGUAAAAUAUGUGACAUCAGUCUUAAGGUGUUUACCUUGGAGAUUGAAUGUAUUAUUAAAAAUAAGUGCUGAAACUGGUCAUUCAUCAGUCACUACAAUAAAAUAAGAGAUACGUGUUUUUAUGUUGGUGGAUGUGUGCAUGGUGAGGAGGGGGGGGAGAAGGAUGUUUGUGUACAUGAAGGCCUGUUUAGUAUUGGUGGACUGCAGUAUGUUGUCUAUGGUACAGUGCUUUGCAGCAGAUACUUACAUAUUUAUCAAAUACUAUAAAAAUGCUGAGACUUCAGAUCUCAAACUUCGUGCUGCUUAAAAAAAAAUCCCUGAACUAAAGUUCAUUUUGAAAUUGAUUUCUUGAAGAACAUGUUGAAGUGUUUGUUAGAAUAACUUGCAAAUAAAUAAAGGGGCAUUUUUUAAAUAUUAUAACUGUUUGGAUGAAGUAGUCUCGAAAGUUACUUUACUGAAGUCAGUAGAAGGUUUGUAAAGGGAAAACAAUACAUCCCUUACUGUAUAUUACUGUUCUUAUUUUAAAUUGUUUUCCAGGAAUACUACCAAAGGUAAAGCACUGUGCCUGGAAUACGAUAAAUUAAAGAGUGUCAGUGAAUGAAAUCGGCAUAGAAAACAGCUGGAUAGUUCAUAAAUCAGUAAUUAACAUACACAAGAUUUCAAGCACAUAAGACAAUUAACUGUAAAGUGGAGUCUCUUGAAAGAAAAAUUUCUUGACAAGUUAUUAAGUUUUGGACGGAUAACAAACAAAAGUGUUUGAAGAGCUCACUAUACGUGUCACUUCAUUUGGGGAAACAAAGAUGAAUUUCAUAUGGGUACUGGUACCCCAAUUAUUACACCAUUUUAUCCUUUGUCAUAAGAGUUCCAGAUUAUAGCUGUCUAUGGGUGCUGAUAAGGCCAUCUGUGUAAUGUAUGAUUACUAAUAUGUUGUUUUGUCUGCUGCUAUGCUGGUUGUAUAUUGCUGUAAAUAUUAUCAUUAAUAUAGUAUUGUUUUGUACUUUGAGGAAAAAAGUUGUUGACAUACAGUAGGGAAAUUAUUUCUCCGGUGUUACAUAAUGCAACUGUGUGACUCGGUGCUUUGCUGUAGUCUUCACCGUGUGGUGGCUUAUGACAUAACCUAAUUUGUUGCAAUGCCAGUUAUAAGGUAGGUUACAAACUAGAUGCAGUGGAUAUAACAUUGUUGAUACCAUGACACAGAUUUAUAAGCCUUGAAAAGAAAAUUACAAAAUAUUUUGUGCUAAAUAUGCAAUUUGAAGGGAGACCAAAUGAUUUGUACUUGCAUCAGCUAAUGUUACUUCAUAUUAAGUUGUAAAAUUUGAGGGUUAGAUUAUGUCAUGUUCGUAAAUGCAUUGGUUUAACCAAAUGAAAAAUGCUCUGUAUCAGAGCGACAGGAGAAGUUUGUAACAUAAAAUGUCUUUUAUCUCAAUAAAUCAUUAUAGUUGCUCA